CUGUCUAAUCAUAUUUUUUUUCUUUCUCCUUACUUGCAUUUUGUUACCCGGACCUUGAAGUUUUGAGGUUUAUCUUAAAGAGAUCUGGGGACGAGAAUGCCUUAGCUGUUUAUUCGUUUUAUCACAUUUUAUCUUUUCCCUAGUGUAACUACAUUUAACAUUUUAUUAAUUGUUGUAAUUAUAACACUAUUUUUCUUUGUUAUUUUUAGGUAUAACUUUUAGACUGUGAGUAUUUUUAGUAUAUAUAUAUAUUUAGCUUUUCAAAACCUUGUAAUCUAAAGAUGACAAUUAAAAUUGUCGAAAAAUGUCGCUAAAAUUGAAACAAUGUAUUUUAUUUUUCAAUAUCAUAUUACAAUUUGUGCUGCUUAGAUCAUUCAGAAACUUAUUUAAGAGCAUGUUGCAACCGGCCUUUUGCACUGGCGCGUAGAAACCAGGUGUGAACAGACAGGAAUGUGCGUGUUGUUAAAGCCUUCAUAUAAAAAAAAUGAAUUUCAGAAAACAAAUUUACGAUGGCAGAUAACAUAAAGAAAGACGCAGAAAUGAAACACGCUCCGAAUAAACAGUGGGAUGUACAUUUGCUCACUUGUAAAAUUUCAUUUUUCUUUACGUACGCUAUGGUUGGUAGUUAUAUGCCCUUUUUUAAUGUGUUUCUCAUCUCGAUUGGUUUGACCACGACUCAAGCUGGUUUAAUUACUGGUUUACGUACAAUUACAUCAGUUAUUUUUGGUCCAUUAUGCGGAGCUUUGGUUGAUUACACCGGCCGCCUGAAAUUGAUUUUCGUAUUUUUAUGUCUUGGAAGUUUGACAUUACUAUUUCCGUUACCAUGGAUUGCUAGAGAUGUUUGUCCUCUGACUUUCGCUGGCACAGGAAACAAUUCAAGUAUAAUCACAGAUAGAAAUAAUACUUCUGUUAAUUGCAAUGAGCACUUGUUUUAUACUAGUUUAUCUAUACUAAUGAUGUCUGCCAUCUUUGAUACCUCCUUAUUAGGAUACUUAGAUUGGCUCGUCAUGUAUGUAGUCAGCACGAGUAAAAAGAACGAAACAUUUGGUCAUCAAAGAAUGUUUGGCUCGCUAGGAUUCGGCGUUGGUAAUUUAUUGUCAGGUCUUGUUUCUGAUCACUACAAAAUUGAUGGAUUUUCUUCGUACACGGCUAUGUUCUUUGUUUUUCUUCCAUGUGUUCUGCUUCUGAUUCCAUCAGGAGUAUUCAUGAUAUCACGUGGUAAAUGGCCGCACGCGAAACUAACACAGAAACGCGACUCAGCAAUUUUUAAAGAGGUGAUAAAGACAUGCUCAACCUUUCCAAAUUUAAUAUUUUUGCUGACUGUGCUUGUAGCAGGGCUUGCUAAUGGCGUAUACUAUGGCUUUUUAUUUGUAAUUAUGGAACAUUCAAUGCACGCAUCGAAAACCAUCAUGGGAUUAACAAUCGUUGUUUCAAGCAUAGCGGAAAUCGCAGCAUUUCCUUUCACAUCGUCGCUAAUUUCGACCCUGGGUGGUCCAAUACCGUGUAUCAUUAUUGGAGUGUUUUCCUACUUCGUACGAUUUCUAGCUAUAUCGUACAUUGGAAACCCAUGGUUUGUGUUGCUGCUUCAAUGUUUACAUGCGUUGUGCUUUGCUUUGUUCUGGGCUGCAACCUUGCAACAUACUUUUCAAAUAAGUAGCUGCAACAUUAAAACAACCAUGUUCUCCAUCGUUAACAGUUUACACUUCUCCUUGGGGACGCUAAUAUCCAACAUGGCUGGAGGUGUAUUGUAUGAAAAAUAUGGAGGAAAGAUAUUUUUUCGUGAUUCUUCAAUUUUAUUUGGAACAUGGAGUUUAGUAAUGAUUUGUUACUAUUUUUGCCAAAAAUACUAUUGGCACCGUAAACCAGAUAAAAACAGUUUACUAUGUGGUGGAAUUAACAGUAAUGUUAUUAAAUAUCACUCUAUUGGCGACAAAGAAUGAUUUUUAUUUUAAGUAAUAUUAGUUUUUAUUACAGAUUAUUAUGGCAGGGAAUAUAACAUAACAUUUCCAUUUCGAGGUAUUCACUUUCAGACAGACAAAAUACUAAGGUGGUAUAAAGAGUUUGGCUAAAAUGCUUAUCAUAUUUUAGGACUAUAGUCCUAAAAGGUUGGAUUGAAAAAGAAAAACAUUUCAAUAAAUUGCGUAUGAAAAUAACAUAAACCUUUUUAUAGUGACGGGGGCGGUGGUCCCAUCUGCCUACCAUUAAUUACGCCCCUUGAAGUUUGCUAACGGAAGUUUGAACACAGGGCGCUUUACUGUGAGGUUUUAGCAGAGCAUCAAUGAAAAUACAAGUAAUUAUGGAGAUAAAGUUGUCAAUGUAAACAAAAUAAUGCAACAAAUAUAAUUAUAAAUUUGUUUUUCUUGGACAGCCUGACAAGUUCUUUCCGUCGUCAAAUAUUACAAAAAUUAAGAAAGAAUCUUCCCAUUCGCCAUCUUUAAGACACUUGCACAUUUUCUAGAACAUAUCAUCACUAAAGCGUUGAGGCCUUGUCCAGCAAAUUUUCAAACUAACUGAAUCUAAAAAGAUGAAAAAAAGGGUAAAAGUGUACUUUUAGUGUGCUUUGUUGACAACAUAAUAGUCUAAACUCGCUUACCUGGUUCUAUUUAAUGUUUUUUAUAGAUGAUGUUUUGUCUCGAUAAUACAGAACUUCCGCCGCCUACGAAAAUAUGGAUAAAUUUAUAUAUUACACUUCAUGAAAGUAUAUAAAAAAUGACAAUACAAGGAUAGUAGAAUCAUUGUAAGCAAUAAUAAAAAUAUAACUGACUUACUAUAAGGGUCACCACUAACUGAAUCUAGAUAAACAUUUCUAUGUCGUGCUGCGUAGUUCAAAGCAGCUAAAAAAUAUAUAGAAUCCAUAUUUCACCAAUUUUUUAACGUUUUAGGUGUGCCAGGGCGAAUAGCGAAUUUUAUUUCAAUUAUUAUUUUGUAGUUUUUAUUGUUUUUAUUUCUUUUAAAGAACUAUAAAUUUUUUAAAUGUUGUAUAUCUUUCUUCGAUCUUAUUAUUUUAGGAAAGAAUUAAUAAUACA